AUGACUUCAACGUAUUCAGAGAGUACUCUCGGAUCGUACUACCAGAGAAAGGACCGGCAAAAUGAUCAAAACUCUCAGAUGGACUGGGAAUCAAGUGCUGCUGCUGCUCAAUUCGAGUCCUUGCUUCAACGAUUAGAUCAUUUUGAGAAAGACAACGGAUUUCUCCGAGAAGAAUACAUCGAAAUGAAGAAGACGAUCAAUGAUCUCAAGAAAACAGUCGAAAAUCAAAGCAUAACAAUCAAAUUACAGCAAGAUAGAAUUGCAUUUUUUGAUGAACAAUAUGGCAAAAAUAGGAGAAUUUCUCUGUUGGAGCACCUUAUCGGUGCGAAUAUAAACUUCCUGUCAUCAAUCGCUGCGCCUUUUGUUGCUUCCGCACUUAUAGUGAGAGCGUUCACAAAAGUCAACUAA